GCUAGGUUUAGCUGCUUUGCCGCUUGCCAACUCGCUCCAUUUGCGUUGCAGUGCAUCACACGCGCGGCCGAGUUCGCAGAAUUCGUGCACCGCGAGCUGUUCUUGAAGCGCUGCGGUACGCCUAGCAGGCUGAUAAUACGCAGCUCAGGAGAACAUAUUGCAGCGACCUGUAAAUGCGACGCGACGCAACAACCAUGCGCAAAGUCCUCACUUUAGUACUCGUCGCAACAGCAACGACCGCUGACGAAACAAUCCCAGGCGUCCGCCUCACGCGCGACGACACCGACACAACACAUACCUUCGCGGACCUCUGGCACGACGCCGGCGAGCAGCAGGACUGGGUCGUGGAAACGAGGCGCGAACUGCAUAGGACGCCCGAGCUCUUGUUUGAUGAAAAACAAACCGCAGCCAAGAUCGCGCAAGUGCUGACGGCUUUACAAGUCAACUUCACCACGGGCUGGGCAAAAAAUACAAAACGAGCGGAGUUGGCGGCGAAGGGCUUCGUGAGCGGCGAAGGUGGGACGGGCAUCGUAGCACAGAUAGGUUCGGGGAAGGAGCCUUGUGUUUUACUAAGGGCCGACAUCGACGGCCUGCCCAUCCACGAAAACGUGGACUCCCCCUGGAAGUCGACGGAGGACGGCAGGAUGCACGCCUGCGGGCAUGAUGGUCAUACUGCUAUGCUGUUGGGGGCCGCGGCCGUGCUUAAACGGCGUGAGGCGGAGAUCAAAGGGACCAUACGUUUAAUCUGGCAGCCGGCCGAGGAAGGCGGCGCCGGCGGGAAAAGGAUGGUCGAAGAGGGCGUUUUGAGUAUGGAACCGAAGCCGCAAGCCGCGUUCGGGUUCCACCAGUGGCCGUUCCUACCGCUCGGGUCGAUCGGGGGCCGGCCCGGUCCGAUGCUGGCAGCUACCGAACUGUUUGAUAUUGUCGUGAGCGGCGUCGGCGGCCACGCGGCCAUGUGCGCGACCAGCGUCACUUGAGGGGCCUUUUUUCCGCACUUGAGAUACAUGAGAGACGCGGCUGCAACGGCCCCCAGAUCAAAUAGGGAGACAAUUAGCGCUCGCACGCCAUCGUCGUACGUAGCGUCAGUGGUCUUUCAACAUAGGCCGCACCACGUCAAGGAUCCUAUUGUGGCGGCCGCGCACGUCGUCACGGCACUGCAGGCCAUCGCCGCGCGGGAGACGGACCCGUUAUCUUCGGCGGUGGUUUCCGUGACGAUGUUCCACGCGGGCGACGCCUACAACGUCAUCCCCCAGGGCGCGCGCAUUGGGGGGACACUACGAAGUUUGUCGACCGAAGGUCUGCAGUCGCUCCGGGACCGCGUCGACGCGGUGGUGCACGCCACGGCCCUGGCUCAUAGGUGCAACGCUUCUAUUGCGUGGAGUGCCGACGCCUACCCGCCGACGAUGAACGACCCGGAGCUGUGGAAGUGGGCGACAGAAAUAGCGGCGCCGGCCUCCACCGAGAACGAAGUGAGAGUGAUCGACCCGACCAUGGGCGGCGAGGACUUCGCCUUUUAUGCGCAGGAGAUCCCGUCGGUCUUUCUUGCUUUAGGACAGGGGGCCAAGUCCUUCGCUCCGGAGCCCGGUUUGGAAUUCGACACGACAGUAACAGUGCACAACGGGCGCUUCGUGCUCCACGAGGACUUGUUACGGCGCGGCGUCGCGCUGCACGCGCAUCUGGCGCUGUCCUAUUUGGAUCGGGCCGCCUCGCCGUAAGGCUUAGUUGUUAUCAGAUACGCCUCUUAGGCCGGCGA